CGGAGAUGGUUGAGGCAUCUACGUGGAAACCUGGAGAAAUAAAUGAUUACCAACAUCUCCGAUUACUAAUUGUUUAGGUGCACUCCUGUAUUGUUAUACUAAAAUCACAAAAUCUACGUCCUCACAUGAAAAAGUGGAAUUAAAAAAUUAAUAGGUCUAUGUACCAAAAUAAUAAUAAUAAUAGGAGGUCCGUCGUAAGGAAAAGUAUUAAUAGGUCCGUUGCCAGACUGCCAGUAUAUUAAGCACUGGCCCCUCUCUCUCCGCGCCGCCGCCGCCGUAGCACGGGCCACCAUCGUCGCCGGCAGCCGCUUUCAUCCGUGACAGAUUUUUCUUAGUUGUGAACAUGACAACAUUGAAAGAUGUGGUAGCCCGCCGACCCAUCGCAGCCACUAUUCGGCUUACUGUGCCAGCUGGGGGAGCCCGGCCAGCUCCUCCAGUUGGGCCAGCUCUUGGUCAGUACCGGCUGAAUCUGAUGGCAUUCUGCAAAGACUUCAAUGCAAGGACUCAGAAGUACAAGCCUGACACACCAAUGGCUGUCACGAUUACAGCCUAUAAGGACAACACAUUCGAGUUCACUGUCAAGUCUCCCUCUGUCACCUGGUUUCUCAAGAAGGCUGCUGGGAUUGAAUCAGGCAGCAGCCGUCCGGGACACGUGGUGGUAUCGUCCAUCAUGCUUCGCCACGUGUAUGAGAUUGCAAAGGUGAAGCAAUCCGACCCAUUCUGCCAGCACAUGUCGAUUGAGGCCAUAUGCAAGUCCAUCAUUGGUACAGCCAAUUCCAUGGGUAUCCAAGUUGUUAAAGAUCUUUGAUUGUUGUUCUUAUAAAUUGUCAGUCAUUGUUAUCUGGGUGGUCUCGAUAGUUACUCUUACCAUCUGUAAUAGUUGAGUACUUUUUGUGUUCGGCUUAUGUGCUAAAUGAAGGCAGAGAAAUGAUCCAUUGCCAACAUCAAGUGUUAUUAUAGUGAGUCUUCCAAUCAUUCUUUUUAUUUGUUAUAA